AUGCAUACCAGGCUUAAAGAUGAACCAAAGGUUGCUCUUGGAGCUCACAACCAGCUCCUCAAGAUAAAGAAACGAUUCCAAAGUGAUGAGCAUGUUUACAAAUCGUUCUUGAACAUUUCCAAUAUGUACCGCAAAGAGCAUAAGGACAUAGGUGAAAUUUAUAGUGAGGUUGCUACCCUGUUUAAGGAUCAUCGAGAUUUGCUUGAGGAGUUCACUAGAUUCUUACCAGAUAGUUUCGCAGCACCUUCUACACAGCAUGCUCCGGAUGCUCGAAAUUCAUUGCAGCGCUUUAGUGAGCGGAGUUCUAUGGCACCCAUGAUGCGGCAAAUGCAAGUAUAUCGACGAAAGAGGCUUCCUUCUCAUGAUCGUGAGCGUGAUCUGAGUGUUGAACACCCUGAGAUGGAUGAUGACAACACAAUGAUGAACAUGCACAAGAAGCGGAGGAAACGUGAGAGUAAGGAUAUGAGGAUUAAUCGUGAUCAGGAUGAGAGAGAACCUGAUCAUAUAAAUGCUCAACAAUUUCUUGAGAAAAAGAAAUCUGUCAAGAAAGCUGAAGGUUUUGGGUUGGCUUCAGACUUUUCUUCUAAGGAAGACAAGGAUACCUUAAAGAACAUGUAUAGUCAAGCAUUCAGUUUCUUUGAGAAAGUUAAGGAGAAGUUGAACAGUGCUGAUGACUACCAAGCUUUCUUGAAGUGCCUUCAUAAUUUUUUCGUCAGUGAAAUAAUAAAAAGGAAUGAAUUGCAAAAUUUGGUAACCGAUUUACUUGGAAAGCAUCUUGAUCUUAUGGUGGAAUUCAAUGAUUUCCUGGAGUGUUUGGAAAAUAUUGAUGGGUUCCUUGCUGGUGUCAUGAGUAAAAAGUCACUAAGAUCAUCAAAGUUGGAGGACAAAGACAAAGACAAAGAGCAGAAGCGUGAGAUGGAUGGAGCUAAAGAGAAGGAAAGAUACAGGGAGAAGGAGUACAUGGGAAAAUCCAUUCAAGAACUUGACCUCAGUGACUGUAAACGUUGCACUCCCAGCUACCGGCUUCUACCUGCUGAUUAUCCAAUUCCUACAGCUAGUCAGAGAUCUGAGCUUGGUGCUCAAGUAUUGAAUGAUCACUGGGUAUCUGUGAGUUCAGGAAGUGAGGAUUACUCUUCCGAACAUAUGUGCAGGAAUCAGUACGAAGAGAGCUUGUUCAGAUGUGAAGAUGACAGAUUUGAGCUGGACAUGUUAUUAGAGUCUGUGAGUUCUGCAGCUAAACGUGCAGAGGAAUUAUAUAAUAACAUGAAUGAAAAUAAGAUCAAUAUGGAGACUCUGAACCGUAUUGAAGAUUACUUUACUGUUCAAAAUUUAAGGUGCAUUGAACGUCUAUAUGGUGACCAUGGUCUUGACGUUAUAGACAUAUUGCGUAAAAACCCAACUCGUGCGCUCCCUGUAAUAUUGACUCGACUGAAGCAGAAACAGGAGGAAUGGAGUCGGUGUCGUUCAGAUUUCAAUAAAGUUUGGGCUGAAAUUUAUUCUAAAAAUCACUUAAAGUGAAGCAGCAGAAAGAGGAUGAUAUUCUUCAGUCUACUAUUGCAGCUGGAAACAAAUUAGUUCGGUAUUCAUGUGAUAUGAGAGUAUGAAUGAGGCUGAUGGUAGAGUAACUGAGGU